ACAUAUAGAAACACAUGCGUAUGUGUGCAUGAAUGAAGGCAUAGUAAGAGAGAUUUUAGUCGUUAUUAAUGUUGUUCGUUUUAAGCGGCGGUGUUCCCAAGCUUCGACGGGGAAGGAUGAGCAUCAAAGAAACCGUAUAUGCGAAACAGAAAGAACAUGCUCGGAGUAAACGAGGAAUAUCGAAUAUUAACAACAGUGAGAUUUGUCGUCUUCUCGAUGGAGGCUACAGGAAUCUCUCCGUGUUUAAAUUCGACUGUGAUCUCAGCAGAUUUCUUGUAUGCAGAUACGGCUUCUUCAGCUUCUUUGACGCUUUCUAUAAUUCUUAAUCUUUUCUCCACUUCUUUCGCCAUUUGGCCUCAGACUCUUUUGCCCACUUCAUCUCCAAGGGUGUGGUUCAUACUGUGUUCGGAAUUGUUCAUGCCGGUAUGGAAAAGACGUCAUACUCUGCAUUCUUUAUAAUUUGUAAGUCACUGCUGGUAGGAGGUCUAAACUUGUCAAAAAUGGACCAAGGAAAAUCAAUAGAAGAUCAAUUCUCCAAGUUGCAUCCAUGCCUCCCUACAAACACAAGUAUUGGGAUCAUAGGAGCUGGUCCUAGUGGCAUAUCUGCUGCCUAUGCGCUAAUCAAGCUUGGUUAUAAUAAUGUAACCAUAUUAGAGAAGUAUCAUACAGUAGCAGGAAUGUGCGAAUCAGUGGAAAUACAAGGAAAGAUCUAUGAUUUAGGAGGCCAAGUUCUUGCUGCAAACAGCGCACCAGUCAUCUUUCACUUGGCAAAAGAGAUUGGGUCUGAAUUCGAAGAAAUGGACUCCCACAAGCUUGCUCAUAUAGACAGUUCUACAGGGAAGUAUCAGGAUAUUAAAGUUGCGGAUGAUUAUGUGUCUAUGAUCUCACUAACAUUAGAACUUCAGGAUAAAGCAAAGGCUUCAAAUCGAAUUGGUGUCAAUGCUGUGAGCAACUUGGCUGCAGACUUAACACCAACUUAUCUUGAGGGUCACGGAUUUAAAUCUGUUCCAAAAUCUGUAGCUUAUGGAUAUACUGCUUCUGGUUAUGGAUUCGUUCAAGACAUGCCUUAUGCCUACAUCCACGAGUUCACAAGAACUUCAAUGGCUGGAAAAAUACGACGUUUCAAAGGUGGAUACACAAGUUUUUGGGAGAAGAUCAGUAAGUCUCUUCCAGUGAAACUCCUUUGUGACACUGAAGUAUUGGCAGUAAGACGAAAUGCUCUUGGUGCCAGUAUUGAUGUUAAAAACGUUAAUGGGGAUUCUGAAGUUAUGGAGUUCGAUAAGAUUAUCGUUUCAGGAGCCUUUCCUUUCAAGAAUGGGAAAACAUAUAGAUCACCACUUUCAAAUCCUACAGAGAAUGAAACUGAAGUAAUGGAUUUGAAUGAUCUUGAAAGGGAGCUGUUCAGUAAAGUAAUGACAAUUGACUACUACACUACUGCCUUGAAAAUAAAAGGGCUGGAAGAGAUGCCUGUUGGUUUUUAUUACUUUGGCGAAUAUAUGGAAGAUCCUGCAACAAUUGGACACCCUGUUGCAAUGCAGAGAUUUUUCGCUGAUGCUGACAUUUUCUUGUUCUGGUCAUAUGGCAACUCCCUUAAUAUUCAAGGAACAACUGUCUGUGAGCUUGCAAUAAAAGCAGUUGAAACCAUGGGCGGAGAAGUUGAGCAGGUGGUUCUACAACGACGAUUUAAGUAUUUCCCUCACGUUUCUAGUCAAGAUAUGAAGAAUGGAUUUUACGAGCGCAUAGAGUCUGAACUUCAAGGUAAAAGGAAUACUUACUAUGUUGGUGGGCUUACUGCAUUUGAGCUUACAGAGAGGAAUUCUUCUUAUGCAAUGGCCCUAGUCUGCAGGCACUUUGCCAAUAACAAUUCUCCGCCAGUGCUUCCAUAUGUUAAGAGUUUAUUUCCAUUAAAUUCAGAUUGUGGGAAUAGAAAUCCCAAAGAAUUAGGUGAAGAGCCAGGAGUGCAAUUUCCUGAUCUGUCUACACUAGAUGGCUAUUUGAAGCACUGGGGAACUCAUGAAGUUAUGCAAAGCAAAACACUUUAUACUUGGAUUAACGAGGAAGGUGCAGCGGUCGGCCAAAAGACUUAUGCAGAACUUCAUGCUAAUGCUUUCUCCAUCGCUCACAAGAUCUUGACAAGCAGAAAACCAGCCAUCAAGCCCGGUGACAGGGUUCUAUUAGUUUAUGUUCCAGGUCUGGACUUCAUUGAUGCAUUUUUUGGUUGCUUAAGAGCGAAGGUGCUACCAGUUCCAGUUCUUCCUCCAGAUCCUCUACAGAGAGGCGGACAAGCACUUUUAAAGAUUGAAAAUAUUGUCAAAUCAUGUGGCGCAGUGGCAAUUUUAUCAACUAUUGUCUAUCACUCAGCAGUUCGGGCCGGCAUGGUGAAGAAUCUACUCUCAUUGACUGGAAAGAAUGGAAAAUCAUCAGCUAACUGGCCUAAUCUUCCUUGGUUGCACACGGAUUCAUGGAUCAAGAACUUCAAGAAAGUACUUCUCCAUGACAUAGCUGGUCAACCCGAACCUCAGCCAAAUGACCUAUGUUUUUUGCAAUUUACAUCUGGGUCAACUGGUGAUGCCAAAGGGGUCAUGAUUACUCACGGCGGGCUUAUUCAUAAUGUGAAGUUGAUGCAAAAGAUAUACAAGAGCACCUCAAAGACAGUAUUAGUCAGUUGGCUUCCUCAAUACCAUGACAUGGGCCUCAUUGGGGGACUUUUUACUGCAAUGCUUAGUGGGGGCUCGGCAAUACUGUUUUCCCCAAUGACAUUCAUCAGAAACCCCCUCAUGUGGCUUCAGACCAUGAGCAAAUACCAAGCAACUCACAGUGCUGGCCCCAAUUUUGCUUUUGAGCUAGUGGUUCGAAGACUGGAGUUUGAGGAUAAGGUUUGGAACUAUGACCUUUCUUCCCUUAUUUUCCUAAUGGUUGCUGCUGAGCCAGUAAGACAGAGAACCCUGAGAAGAUUUGUUGAGCUCACUCGUCCAUUUGGCCUUUCUCAAGAGGUGAUGGCUCCUGGUUAUGGCUUGGCUGAAAAUUGCGUCUUUGUCGGUUGUGCUUAUGGAGAAGGGAAGCCCAUCUUGGUUGAUUGGCAGGGAAGAGUUUGCUGUGGUUAUGUUGAUCCAGAUAAUCAAGAUGUUGACAUAAGAAUAGUUGAUCCAGAGACUGGUGUAGAGCUUGAAGAAGUUGGAAAAGAAGGAGAGAUAUGGAUUAGUAGUCCAAGUGCUGGCAUUGGGUAUUGGGGUCGGGAAGAAUAUAGCCACCAAACGUUUAGAAAUGGGCUAAAAAAUCACACAGGAAGAAAAUACACUAGAACUGGAGACUUGGGACGAAUCAUUGAUGGAAAUUUGUUCAUCACAGGAAGAAUCAAGGAUAUAAUAAUUGUAGCAGGAAGGAAUAUUUACUCAGCAGAUGUAGAAAAGACGGUUGAGAGCUCAUCUGAACUUUUACGGCCUGGUUGUUGUGCUGUCAUUGGUGUUCCAGAGGAAGUCCUAUCGGAAAAAGGAAUUUCAGUUCCAGAUGGUUCUGACAAUGUUGGCCUUGUUGUAAUUGCAGAAGUUAGAGAUGGAAACCCUGUUGAUAAGGACAUCAUUGAACAAAUUAAAACACGUGUUACAGAAGAACACGGUGUUAAUGUUGCUGCCAUCAAACUGAUCAAGCCCAAGACCAUCAGUAAAACAACAUCCGGAAAGAUCAAGAGAUUUGAAUGCCUCAAACAAUUUACUGAGGGAUCUUUGAACAUUGUCCAAGAACCAACCUUUUCAAAGAGAACUUUGGUCCGAUCAUUCACUACUGGGACUUGUAAAGAAGGGAGAACACCUCGUCUACUUUUGAGUUCUCCUUUACUAAGUCCAAGAUUGAGAAAUAAGGACAUUGUAGAAUUCCUGAAAGGCCUAAUCUCUGAGCUAACCGGGAUCCCCACCAAGAAUAUUUCUGCUACUGAAAGCCUUGUCUCGUAUGGAAUUGAUUCAAUUGGUGUUGUCAGAGCAGCUCAAAAGCUUUCAGAUUAUCUAGGCGUGCCAGUUGGAGCAGUAGAUAUCUUCACUGCAACCUGCAUUGCGGACUUGGCAAACUUCUCAGAGAAUCUCAUGGCAAAGUCUAAACCUGAACUUAUGACAACUUCAUCCCUUCUUUCUGAACCUGAUCUCGAUUCUGAUGAGCAUCUGGUGGAAGUAUCUAUAUAUCGCCAAGCGGGCAUCUGGUGUCUACAAUUUCUGGCUCUAUUCUUCGUGUCUAUCAUGUUGAGUGUGCCUGCAUAUUUAUCAGUGUCUGCAUUCAUGACUUUCACCUCCGUGAGCCACACAACAACAGGUGGAAUACACUGGUCGACCUAUUUGAUAUAUUUGGCUCUUGCACCACUUGUUUGGAUCCUCUGCAUAGCUUUAACUUGCAUAUGCAUUGCUAUCUUUGGAAAUCCAUUCUUGAGACCAAACUAUGCACUCAGUCAUGACAUUUCCAUUUGGUCAAUUGAUUUUGUUAAGUGGUGGGCACUUUACAAAGUCCAACAAAUAUCUUCAAAAGUAUUUGCAGAGCAUUUGAGAGGAACGGUAUUCUUAAAUUACUGGUUUGAGAUGCUUGGAGCAAGAAUUGGGUCGUCAGUUUUGCUAGAUACUGUUGAUAUUACUGACCCAUCUUUAGUUUCAAUUGGACAUGGAGCUGUGGUUGCAGAAGGGGCACUAAUUCAAAGCCAUGAGGUGAAGAAUGGAAUAUUAAGCUUCCACUCCAUUAGAAUUGGCCGAAAUUCAACAAUUGGGCCAUAUACAGUGAUCCAAAAGGGGAGUGUAUUGGGAAAAGGAGCUGAAAUAUUGCCCCUACAGAAGAGUGACGGAGGCACGCCCAUAAUCAGAUCAGCCAACGCUAACAAUGCCCAAAAAAGCACAGUGCUAUCAAAUGCUACUCCAAACAAGACCAUGUCCCACUUCAUGGGCAUCUACUUGGUGGGUUUCCUUAGCGGUUUCUCUGCAGCUAUUCUCUAUUUCCUAUGCGUUUGGCUCUCCAAAACUCCUCCUUCUGCUCAACACUUUGCAUUUGUUUGCAUAUCUGGAGCCUUGCAUUGGAUUCCUUUCACAGUUAUUGCAUACGUUACCAUGUUUGCUAGCAUCACAUUGAAUCCAGCAAGCUUUGCCAUCUCAGUUGCCGUUGCUUACUUAGCUCAUGGCAUAAUACUCAGUUUCCUUACAUGCGCUUUAACCCAUCUUCUUACUGAGAGACAACAGUCAAAGCAAUCUCAUGUCAAGUUAUUCCUUAGACACCGAAUUACCAUAGCUUGCCACCUCAGAUUUGCCAAACUUCUUUCUGGAACAGAAGCUUUUUGUAUGUACUUAAGGCUUUUGGGUGCCAAGGUUGGGCAACAUUGUUCAAUCAGAGCUAUCAAUCCAAUUUCAGAUCCAGAGCUGGUCAAAAUCGGGGAUGGUGUUCAUCUUGGUGACUUUAGCAGAAUCAUUACAGGAUUCUAUUCAUGCAAUGGCUUUAUGGGCAAGAAAGUUGAGGUGCAAGAUAAUUCAGUUGUUGGGAGUCAAAGCCUAAUCCUCCCUGGCUCUUUAGUUGAAAGGGAUGUAAUUCUUGGUGCACUUUCAGUGGCUCCAGAAAACUCAGUUCUACAAAGAGGUGGUGUUUAUGUUGGAUCUCAAACUCUGACCAUGGUCAAGAAUACCAAGCAUGCUUUGGAUGAUCGGAUAGAAGAAAUGGACAUGAAAUAUAAGAAAAUAGUAGGAAAUUUGGCCGCAAGUUUAGCUGCUACUACUUUGAAGGUUAAUUCAAGAUAUUUUCAUCGAAUUGGUGUUGGAGGGAAUGGCUAUUUGAAAAUAUAUGACAAGAUAGAAGGCUUUCCUGAUCACAAGAUUUUCCAACCUGGAAAAUGCUACAGUGUCGUAGUUAGACAUAGCAAUAGCUUGAGUGCUGAUGAUGAUGCAAGAAUAGAUGCUCGCGGUGCUGCAGUGAGGAUACUUGAAGAGAAUAACACCCCACUCCUUGACUUAACACUUAAAACUGGCAAGGCGUUUUAUGCUCGCACAAUAGCCGAUUUUGCAACAUGGCUUGUGUGUGGGCUUGCUGCAAGAGAAGAGCAUGUAAAGCGAGUCCCACAUGUCCGUGAUGCAGUGUGGAUGUCCCUUCGCCAAGCUAACUCAUAUACAGAGUUACAUUAUUACUCAAAUUUUGUUAGGCUUCUUCGAUUCGCAGAUGGAGAGGAAUCGUAUGUGAAAUUCAAGUUGAGACCUUAUGAUGAAAGUAUCAGUGAGGAUGCUGGGAAGGUGGAACCUACUGGGAUUCUCCCACCAGAAACAGGUGCCAUUCCAAGGGAUGAUAACGAUACCCGCCCCCUACUUUUUCUUGCUGAAGAUUUCCAGCACCGCACAAGUUCUGGUGGUGUUUGCUACAUCUUCCAAUUACAAGUCCGGCCAGUUCCACAAGAUGAAGCCACACGUGACAUUGCACUUGACUGCACUAAACCAUGGGAUGAGACUGAGUUCCCUUAUAUCAAUGUUGGUGAGAUUUUUAUUGAACAAAAUCUCACCAAGGAAGAAGCAGAAGCACUAGAGUUUAAUCCUUUUCUCAGAUGCCAUGAGGUUGAUGUCAUCCGGGCUUCAACAUCCUCUCAGAGUGCUUCUAUUGAUCAUGGUCGCUCUCUUAUCUAUGAGAUUUGCCAAUGCUUGCGAAAUAAGGAACCACUUCCUGAGGCCUGGAGGAUCUUUCUUGAGCAAUCUGAUGUAAAAGUGGACCUUUCAGGCUGUCCAAUGGCAGCAGCAUUGGAGAAAAAGGAAAGAGGGAAAGUGACCCUGGAAAGAACGUGGUAUCAAACCUCAUGGGCAAUUUUUGUUCAACCAUUACUACAAACUGUGCUCCCUUAUUUCCUCCUGGGAUUAGCAAUUUUUGCGCCUUUAAGCUCUGUUCUUUACAUGAAGGAGUCAAAGAAAUUCCCCCUACAUUGGUUGCUUCCGUUGCUUUGGGUUUCUUCAGGACUUAUAGCUGCAUUAACUUGUGUUGUGGCCAAAUGGAUUCUUGUGGGAAAGAAGAAUGAAGGUGAAACAGUACAGAUUUGGAGCAAAGGGGUCUUCAUGGACACCAUCUGGCAAGCUUUUAGAACCCUAGUUGGGGAAUAUUUCAUGGAAAUGACUGGUGGAUCUAUAUUGUUCGUGCUGUGGAUGAAGUUAAUGGGUUCAGAUAUAGAACUGGACCAAGGGGUGUAUGUGGAUAGCAUGGGAGCUUCACUGAAUCCUGAAAUGGUGGAGAUCGAGAGAGGAGGAUGUGUAGGAAGGGAAGCUCACUUGUUUGGUCACAUAUAUGAAGGAGAAGGUGGGAAAGUUAAGUUUGGGAAAAUCAGAAUUGGAGAAGGCGGGUUUAUAGGAAGUAGAGCAGUGGUCAUGCCUGGGGUAAGGGUGGAGAGUGGAGGGAGUCUAAGUUCUCUUUCCCUUGCCAUGAAAGAAGAGAUCAUUAAGUCAAGGUAAAGGGUUCUUAAUGCUUCGCUACUAGUCAAUUGUUUUGUGACAGAAGUAAUAUACCUUCUCAGCUUAUAAUAUUAUGCAAAUUUGCUGGUCUUAUCAAUAAAUCAGCAGCUUUUAUAGAAUUUAGGAAGAUAAUUUAUAGGUGAAAUAAUCUCUCUGUCUCGAGCUCUUGUGCUCUUCUGUACAAAUCAGAGAGCGAAACAGUCCUGCUUUUAAAAGCCUACCACGAUUACUUUGUACAAUGCAUUUGCAGAUAUAUAAGAAUGAAUAUUUUCUACGUA